UGCACGACAUGUUCGUGGUGUUUACCAACGCACAGCACUCAUAGAAAGUACAAAUUUGCCGAUGGUGAGGCCUUUCCUUGAACUUUAACCAUUAACCGAUGCCGAAUGGGAUGACUGAGUGGAGUGGAACCUUGAACUAAUUCUUGCAGUUCCUUGUUCUGUGCUUGCAGUGAACAUCAUAACUGCGUGUGAGAAACGUAUCAGUGUCGGCUAUUCAGGAAAACUGCUGAGUAACCAGUGAGACGUUCUGUUCCUAAAAUGAAUUACGCCCGGUUCCUCAAUGCUGUCAGUAGGGCCAGGCGCCCAUCUCCUCUGAGAGGACUCACUGAGAUCCUCCAGCAAAGCCCACCAGGCACCAUCUCUAUGGCAACCGGCCUGCCCAACGUUGAGCAAUUCCCGUUCCGAGAGGCCACCUUCCAGUUAAUGGAUAGAACUAACAUGCAUCUGAAUGCCUCUGAGAUGAAGAAAGCUCUGCAGUAUACAGCCACGCCAGGAUUACCGGAGUUGCGAGAUUGGCUCAUCGACAUGCAAAUGAAGAUACACAACCCCCCAACGUUAGACAGUUCCAACGAAGACAGUCAAAUGGACCUUAUUGUCUCGACGGGCAGCCAGCAUGCCCUCAGCACGUCUUGUGAAAUGUUGUUGGCAAAAGGCGACAACGUGCUGACAUCCAGCCCUCUGUAUCCGGGAACAGUGGCCAUUCUGCGGCCACUGGGGGUUGAGUUCCUGACCAUAAAAGUGGAUGGGGAUGGCAUGGUACCAGACCGAAUCCGGGAAGUCAUGUCGCAGUGGGACCCAGAGGAAGGCCAGAGUGAAAGCUCUGACAUCCCAAGGGUUCUUUGUGUGGUGCCCAACGGUGACAAUCCUUCAGGGGCAGGCUUGACAUUAGAGAGGAAGAAAGACAUCUACAGCAUAGCACAGAAAUACAACAUGAUCAUCAUGGAAGAUGAUCCCUAUUACUUUAUUCAAUUCAAUAAGCCUAAGGUGCCGAGUUUUCUCUCAAUGGACGUUGAUGGGCGUGUCCUCAGGUUUGAUUCAUUCUCCAAGAUACUAUCAGCAGGAAUGCGUGUUGGGUUCUUGACGGGGCCCAAGUACCUUCUGCAGCGAGUCAACAUGCACAUGCAGGCGUCGGUGCUGCAUACAGGGGGCAUGGCACAGAUGCUGAUUUUCAAGCUGUUAGAACAGUGGGGCAUGGAGGGCUUUCUGAACCACACCGACAAAGUGGCUGCGUUUUAUGAGGAACGGCGAGACAUGAUCAUGGAGUCAGCAGACAGGUGGUUAAGAGGCCUAGCUCAGUGGCACAAGCCCCGUGGUGGUAUGUUCCUCUGGCUGAAGCUCCUGGGGAUCCGCGACACGACCGACCUGAUCAUGAAGAAGGCGCGACACAAGGGUGUCCUCUUCGUGCCCGGUAGUGUCUUCUACCCCGAGAGUGACAGGAUCUCGUCACAUCUACGUGCCGCUUACUCGCUGUGUACACCGGAACAAAUGGACCAGGGUAUGCAGAGGUUGGCAGCCCUAGUCAAGGAGGAGAUGGCCGAGUGAAAGGGGUUAGAAACUGUGCCCAAAUCAUCUUUUUUUGCGGCUAUGGCUCCAGUUUUUCAGGCACGGUGUAUCUAGUAGCCGUAGCCAGUGACAUUACUUCCCAGCCAUAUUAACAUGUACCUAUGUUGUUUACAUGUAGACAAGUGAAGAAAACUUCUGUUGAAGACUCUAACCUUAUGCUAAAAAGCAUCACAGGAGAAUGUUGACAUCAUUUGUGAAUAUUGUCAAACAGUAUUCUUAUUUCUUAUUACUGCCCUUCUCCAAAACUACCCUGUAUUUUAAUAACACUGAAAAUUCAUUUUGAAGUAAAAGUAUCACACUCCACCAGUUAAUUACCAUGUAGCAUAACUUCGUUCAAUCAAAAAUUGUGUGAAAAUUUGCAAGCAUCAAUUCCUUAACAGUUUUUUUAUGGAUUCAAAACUGAGAGUGCUCUAACUGAAAUGUUUCCCUGAAACUUGUCAGCCUUUAAAAUUUUAUUUAGAGAUUAAUUUAUAAAUACUUAUUGGCCAUUGUGUUAAUAUUCCUGAAUAAAGAGUUAGUAUACUUUUAUGGGUGGAUACUGAAUACAUCUCAGAAUUAUAUGUACAUAAGUUUGCAGUUUUUGGUUGGAGUUCCUGUAUUUGGUAAAACAGACAUCCUACACAGUUAAGGCACAUUGUGCAAAGACCUAAUGGGAGAUUUUCACCGUUGUGGGCACCAUGCCUGUUUGCUGUGCAGCUUACAUAGAUAAGGCCCAAAUACAGCCCAAUGUAGAGUUUAAGCAAUAUAAACAAAGGUAAAUAGACAGGGUACAAGAGGAGAAACAUGCCCGUCUGUAUGGUUUGGCAAGUUCCAAGGUCAUUUAUAAAGGAAAGUACAACAUGUAACAUAUAAGAGUCGGUAUUUGUGCAUGUACUACUGGUUGGUUGUUAUUUUAUUAUCGGUCUGUAUACUUUGUAAUACUUUUUAAAUCUUUUAUGCAUUGAUUUACAGUUCCCUCAUUUAAAAUAAUAUUUUUGAACACACUGCUUGUGUGCUGAAAAAAAGGCUCAUGGGUUACAAGCUGUCAGUGUCAUAUCUAUGCACAUGCAUGAUGCAGUGCAGGUGUCUUGUGCAUGUGGAAAUGUUGACCUGUGUUUAUAAUUCAAAUGAACUCUAUCCAUUGAGUGCUUGGCAGAACUUACAUUAUGCAUUUUCCCUUCACAGUGCUGUUUAAGGGCGGUGAGCCAUAGCAGGUCUGUGAUUUUUGUUCCUGCAUCACAAUUCGCUCAAGCAAGCCUUAAUUAUCCUCAGUUUGUUUGUGGAGACUGCACAAUUCCAAACACACACAAACUCCAACAUCAUGCUGACACUUGGAAAAAAGUAGAUUUUGAAUUACAAGUGCAGUCUUAGGAUACGAACCACUUAAGUUUGGCUCACAAAGCGAUUAUCUAAACCACUUAGUUAGCCUUAAUUAAUCUGCAAAAGGAGUUUAUUUUGUCUUUUGAUACUUUAUCUGACCAUAGAGCAAGAAACAGA